AGGCAACCUGAAGGAAAAGAAAACUAUCGUCGGACAUCCGUCAGCUGCUUCAAGUUUAACCGGCGCCGUUCGCCUCAAAACAAGCAACACAUUAGAAAAUUAGUAGUUUGAUUACUCUGUUUAGUUCUCGAGUGGAAUGCGAAGCUUAUUCACUUCUUCUUCUGCACUUCCGUUUAACUUUGAACUACGUGGAUCGUGAUGAUGAUGAACCUCAGCACAAAUGCCCACUGCAGCAGUCUCACUAGCAAAGAGAACUUUCCGCCUUCAAGCAAAUCCGAUGCGCCGCAGGUCCAGCGGCCCAGGAAGCGCACGGUGCUCGGCGCGCUGUCAGAGAACGAGCAGCGCGGUCGAUCCCUCAGCCAGGGGAGCCAAUUUUCCAAACACAGUUCGAUCUCAGACAGCUCCCGGCUCACUUUUCUGGGUUGUCCCUCCAGUUCCAGCUACGAUGUGUACGUUGAAGAGGCCUGUGAAGUCGUUCUCGCCGCCUCCGGUGAAGAGGUGGUCUCCGGCAACUAUUACCACGAUGAUGAAACCGCUGCCCUGCAAAAUGAACAUUUGAGACGCCUGCUGGAGCUGAGUUCAAGUUCGUGCCAGGAUGCUUCUAUGGCAGAUGAUUCCCUGAUGUGUAUCUCCCAGUAUGCUGAGGACAUUCACCAGCACUUGAGGGAGAGUGAAAUGAGGUUGAGGCCGAGGCCAGGCUAUUUGGAGAAACAUCCAGAGAUCACAAACGGCAUGCAUGUCAUCCUGGUGGACUGGCUGGUGGAAGUCGUCCAGGAUUACCAGCUUCGCUCUGAAACUCUGCACCUUGCCGUCAACUAUUUGGACCGAUUUCUCUCCUGCACUGCCUGUGUGAAGCGGGGCAAGCUGCAGCUGGUCGGCACAGCUGCAUUACUGAUCGCUGCAAAGUACGAGGAAAUCUCCCCCCCUGAGCUGAAUGAGUUUGUGUUCGCCACAGACAGCACCUACACCAAGAAGGAGUUAAUCCGGAUGGAGCAUGUUUUACUGAGAGUGCUGGAUUUCAAGAUGGCAGCCCCCACAACAAACCAGUUCCUUCACCUGCUCAUGUCCGUCCAGCCUGUGUCUGCCGUCGCAGAGAACCUGGCCCUGUAUGCAGCAGAGUUAAGCCUGCUCGAAAUCGAUCCAUUCCUAAAGUACACCCCGUCUAUUGUAGCAGCUGGAGCCUACUGCCUAGCCACGUAUACUGUGAGCAAAUCUCUCUGGCCCGGUUCUUUACAUGCCUUUACUGGUUAUACCAUGACUGAAAUUGUGCCCUGCCUCACUGACCUGCACAAGCUUUACAUCAGUGCAGAGAGUCGCCCACAACAGGCCAUCAGGGAUAAGUACAGAAGCUCAAAGCAUAGUCGUGUCUCAUUAAUCACCCCGCCUGCUUCUCUGCCUUUUGUAUGAAUCACUGCUCCACCCUUUUAAUGACGCCUCUGCCAGAGCUUGACUGAGAACAAAACAAACACAGCUGACUCUGCAACCAAGCCCAAAUACACCAUACCCUCAGGACAGAUAAUGACCUUGAGUAACUGAUUUAUUUCCCUUUAUGGUUCAUGUAAAUAUAAUAAAUAAUUUUAAAAUGUA